AUGAAACGGGUUUUAAUAACUGGUGCAACAAGUGGAAUAGGCAAACAAACAGCGAUACUACUAUGUGCAAAAGGGUAUGAGGUAAUAAUUCAUGGCCAUAAUAAAAGUAAAAUUGAGUUAUGUAUCAAUGAAAUUAAGAACAAAAUUCCUCAAGCUCAUUUAGGAAGUAUUUAUUGUGAAUUUGAUGAAUAUAAAAGUAUAACAAGCAUUGUCCAAAAGGAGUUGUCAGGACAACAAAUUGAUGUGUUAGUUAAUAAUGCAAGUCAUAUUAACAAACAACGAAGAGAAAUUGAUGGAAUUGAAGCAACAUUUGUAGAGAAUGUUAUUUCACCAUUCAUAUUUACGUGUGCAGUAUUGCCAUAUCUAAAACCAACAGGAAAGAUAAUAUUUGUUACUUCAAAUUGUCACUCAAAUUAUUUAAAUUUAGAUUUAAUGAACUCAAUGGACCAUGACUAUUUUCAAAUUUAUGAAAAUACAAAAACCUGUGAAAUUGCACUUUCGAUUUAUUUUUCGGAAAAUACUCCAUUUACUUGUUUUUCUGUACAUCCAGGUAUUUAUAACUCAAAUCUUCAUAACAGCUAUUGGGGAGAUUGUGGGAUUGAUUCGAGUGAAUGCAAUUGUUUAUUUAAUAUGAUUGAAAGUGAAGAAGUCGAAUCUGGUAAAUAUUACGACCAAUGCCGGAUUUCAAUUGCUGCAAAUCAAGUGUAUGAUAAAAAGUUUAGGAAAGACCUUUUAUUAUUAUUAAAAGAAAAAACUUCUAUUGAUUCACAGGCAUUACUUCAAUCAUUUUCAAAAGCUAAAUAA